AUGUCUCUACAAUCAACAUCACUUGAUUACCCUGCUGUAGGUACGAGGAGGUGCAAGCAGGCAAAGCUGAGCCAGUGGCUUUGCAACGGAAGAGCAUUCCUUGACGGUCUUGGAUUAUUUUCUACCGAUUGCUGCUAUCGAUUCGGUUCAAUUGUUGUUGAAGAAGAGAUGAGUGCAUUUCUGAAAUCAAGAAGUAACGGCAAAAUCACUGAAAUUAAGCCUGGUACAGUCACAAUUGGUCGAGGCCCAUUCUUGGAGGUAACUGAAAAAAGGGUAUCUCGUAAGCAUGCAGAGCUGAAAUAUUUGGACGAAAAACUCAUCUUAAUUCCCACUCACGCAAAUCCUUGCUUUUAUCGAGCUGCUGGUCAGGAUAAAUUUGAUGUGCUGCCACGAAAUGUUGAAAAAGAAUUGCAAAACGGAGAUGAAGUUUCGCUAUUACCAAGUGAUUUAUAUUAUCAGGUGGUUAUAAAUUCCAGCCAGAAAAAGGAUAAAAAUCUUCAAGGCAAUGAAGGAGAAGGUCGUAGUAUUGACCGAAAGCAAAGCGUCAAGUCGAAAGUCCACGAUAGUUCGCAUCCAGCAUGGGCGCUUAGCGACAUCAAAGAUACUUUUUCCGUUGAUGAACCGACCUCAUCCUGUACUAGUAAACAGUCAAUAGCAAAUGAGCCUAGCUCAACCGCAGACACCAGCAAUAGCAAUAAACAACAUACAGAGCGUGAUAGCCCUUGUAGUAACGUCGAAGACGAACCAUUUUCUACUGAAUAUGUACCAUUGUCAAAGAAGCGUAAAUUACCGUCAUGGCUGGCUGAUUUGGCACCAGCUGGCUCUAACCUGAGCAACGUUGCUACCAGCAGCAAGCAGCAACCUACGAAAAAACCAAAAGCUAGUAACAAGGCUACUACUAAACCGGCGGUUACUAAGACAAAAGUUACAGAUAACGACAACACUAGUAGCACCAAUGUUAGCAAUAAGGCUGAGGUCAAAAAACAAACUACUGUAAGGUCGACUAUUGAAAAUGACAUUAAUUUGGAUAAUGGAAUUUCCACCUCGGUAUCAAAAAAUAGUAAUAAGGACAUGCAAUCAACGAAAGCAGAGACCCACGUUACUAGAAACAAGGCUAAUUUUAGUGAUGACGACGAAGAUGAAACGCCAAUACCGAAAUCUAGAAAAGCUUUGACCAGAAGAGAUACCGUGAGUGACGAGGAUGGCGACUGGAAUGACAAUCGAAAAAUAUCAAAGACUAAAAAUGUCUUUGUUAGCGAUGAAUCAGAUGAUAUGCAGGAGAGACGAGAUGCAGCUGUUGUAAAAAAAUCUGUAGAAGAAGAAAAAAAAGGACAGACUACUUCUCAUCAACCCAAGGCAAGAACGACUAGUCAGGAUUCGCAACAGCGCUCAUCUAUUACCACUGAAAGUGAAGAAAGUCAAAAGUCAAAUAAACUUACGAAGCACAAAUCAAUUAAAAAAUGCCCUUAUGGAGCGAAAUGCUAUAGGAAAAACCCACAGCAUUUGAUUGAGUACUCUCAUCCUUCAGCUGAUGGUUCACCGAAUGUAUCUGAUGAAAGUGAUGAUGACGAUUUACCAGUAUGCCCUUUUGGAGCUAGCUGUUACAGGAAGAAUCUGCAACAUUUUAAAGAGUAUUCCCAUCUGAAGAAACAGACAGCUGCAACUACAACUGCAACUACAAGAAAACAAACGGGAUCUAGAGCAUCAGUUCGGAUUAAAGCGCAACCCAAAAAUGCCAAAAAUCGCAAGAGUGCGCUAGACGGUGAUAGUGAUGAUGAUGGCGGAAUAAACAGUUACGAUUAUAAUGACAGCUUCAUUGAUGACGAUGACAUAGACGAAGAAUCAUCAUCUUACGGAGAGAACACUACCGAUGAUCCAGAUUUUAACGUAUCUGAUACAGAUGAAGAAAUAGGCGUACUUCUUGAUGAAGCAAAAGACUUUGUGGGACAAAGAUAA